CAUUGUUAAAAAUACUAGUUUAACGCAGCGAUAUCGAUACCGCAGCAGCUGGUACCACUCGAAAUAUCGCACGAAGAAGAAACCCUGGCGGCAACUCUGCCCCGAAUAACAACAACAUAUGAUGCACAUAACCUCAACAUCAGCUGCAACAAAUCGUAGUGUUUGUGUGCAUUUUCUCCGAAAAAAUUGCGAAAAUUGGCAUUCAGCUUGCCAAAUUGCUCAAUAGCCAAAUUGUUGCGCGAAUACAGAAAAGUCAAGGUGCCGUCGACAGCGGAAGCGCCAAUAGCAACAGAAGCAGCAGCCCCCAUUGUUCUGCCCGCCGUUGCGGAGGAAAAGCCCAAGCACCAGUACCAGCGUCUUUGCUGCCAUCGCGUCGCGUGUGCGCAAUUUUCAGCAGUGAAUAACUUUCGGCAUUUUGUGGGUGUCCAGAGGAGGAGCGUGUUGCGACUACGCCAGGAAAGAUGGUUAAAGCUAAAAAGGGCAAGAAAGAGAUAUUGGCGACGGUCGAAGGCGGUUCCUCGGCCGAUGAAAUCGAAAGCCAAAGCAAUCCCAUGGACUCCGAUGUGGACAGCGACAAGGUGAGCGCCAAGAACAAGAAGAACCAGCAGCAGCAGCAGGCACCGCAGCAGAAGGGCAAAAAGAAGAACAAGAAGGUGUCUGACAACGAGGAUAGCGACGCUGCGGCAGUCCAGGCAUUGACCAAAGCCGUCAAGAAGCUCAAUGUCAAGGGCAAGGGCAAGAAGUCAAAGGCUGACAACGACUCCGAUGAGGAGGCGUCACCCCAAGGCAAGGCAGCCAAAAAGUCAGCCUUCGAACUGCUGAUGGACGACGACGACGAUGAUCCGCCUGCCGUGCAGAGCGCUCCCGACGACGACGAGGAAGAGCCGGAGGCAGUAAAGGCCCAGAAGAAGAACGAUAAGAAGAGCAAGAAGGCCAAGCGAAAGGGAAAAGAUGAUGAAGAAGAUCUGGACAAGGUCUUGGCCGAUCUGCAGGCGGAAUAUGCCGGCGAGGCACCGGCACCGGCUGUUGUCACCCCCGAAGAGCUAGCCGAUGAGUUCUCCAAGAAGAAAAAGAACAAGAAGUCAGCUGGAGCCGGCGUUCCAGCGGAAAAUGAUGCCGGCGAUGAGGCCGCCGACGGAGAUGAUGAUGAUGAUGGCGGCAGCACCAUGAAGACAGCUGCCCAAAAGAAAAAGGAGAAGAAGGAGCGCCAGAAACGCGAGGCGGCCCAGGCCAAGCAGAGAGCAGCACUCGAGCCCAAACAGAAGCCAGCUGAGAAGCCUCCGCCAGAGGUCACCGAGCCUGAACCAGAGCCCACCGAGGAGGACAAGCCAGAGGCCGAUGGCGAAGACCCUGCAGAGGAUGCCACCGCCAAAGGCGGCAAGAACAAGAAGAAGGGAAAGAAGGACAAGAAAUCUGAGGCCGAGGAAGAAAAGAAGGAUGGCAAAAAGAAGGGCAUGUCGGCUGCCAUGGUGGCGGCCAUGCAGGAGCAGUUGAAGAAGCGCAAGGAGGAGGAAGAGCGCCUGGAGAGACUCGAGGAGGAGCGCAAUCGACUUGCGGAUGAGCGCGAAGAAGCCCGUCUAGAGGCAGUGCGUCUGGAGGCCGAAAAGAAGGAGAAAAAGAAGCAGCGCGAGGCGGAGCGCAAGGCCCGGCUAAAGGCCGAGGGCAAGCUCUUGACCAAGAAGCAGAAGGAGGAUAGAGCCAGGGCGCAGGCUCUGCUGGAUUCGCUCAAGGCUCAGGGUCUCGAAAUACCCGAUCCCAACGACAGGAGAGCACCAAGGCCAGGUACUCGCAUUCGGCCCAACAAGAAGAAGGGACCCAAGGGAACGGCCGAGGAGGAGGAGGCCAAGGCUGCGGCCGAGGAAGCCGCUGCAGCUGCCGCGGCCGCCACGGCUGCCGAAACACCCAAGGAGGAGGUGGUCAAGGAGAGCUGGGAUGCCACCGACAGCGAGGCGGAGCCGGAACCCGAUGAGGAGUCCUCUCAAACAACAAACAAUGGCAAGGCCGACGAGGAUGAGGACACCGAUGAUGAUGACAGCGGCGAUGAUGAUGACAGCGACGAUUCCGAUGAUGAGAGCGACGAGUCCGAUGAAAAGGAGGAGACCCUCGCCAACGAUCCCGAAUCUCGACGACUGCGCGCCGAGGCGAGAAUCAUCAAGCGUCAGUCGGACGCUGAGAAGAAACGCACCACGGAUGAGCUGCGUGCGGGCGUUGUCUGUGUUCUGGGCCAUGUCGAUACGGGCAAAACCAAGAUUCUGGACAAGCUGCGUCGCACCAAUGUGCAGGACUCGGAAGCUGGUGGCAUUACGCAGCAGAUUGGCGCAACCAAUGUGCCCAUUGAUGCCAUCAAGGAGCAGACAAAGUACGUGAAGAGCGCCGUAGGCUUUGAGCAUCGCCUGCCCGGUCUCCUCAUCAUCGACACACCCGGCCACGAGUCCUUCAGUAAUCUGCGCAAUCGCGGCUCCUCUCUCUGUGAUAUCGCCAUUCUGGUGGUGGACAUUAUGCACGGCCUGGAGCCGCAAACACUCGAGUCCAUACAGCUGCUAAAGAAGAAGAGAUGCCCCUUUAUUGUGGCUUUGAAUAAGGUGGAUCGGCUGUACGACUGGCAGGUGCUGGCCCGGCGAGAUGUGCGCGAUGUGAUCAAGGAGCAGCAGAGCAACACGCAGCUGGAAUUCCAGCAGCGCACCAAGGAAGUCAUACUGCAGUUUGCCGAACAGGGCCUCAAUGCGGCUCUCUACUACGAGAACACCGAUCCCAAGACAUAUAUCUCUUUGGUGCCCACCAGUGCCAUCACCGGCGAGGGCAUGGGCAAUCUCCUAUUCAUGAUCACCGACUACUGCCAGAAUAUGCUGACCAAACGGCUCAUGUACUCCGAGGAGCUGCAGGCCACAGUUCUCGAGGUGAAGGCCCUGCCUGGUCUGGGAACCACCAUCGAUGCCAUCCUCAUUAAUGGCAAGCUGCGCGAGGGCCAGACCAUGGUCUUGGCCGGCACAGACGGCCCCAUUGUCACCCAGAUCCGUUCCCUGCUCAUGCCCCAGCCCAUGCGAGAGCUGCGCGUAAAGAAUGCCUAUGUGGAGCACAAGGAGGUUAAGGCAGCCCAGGGCGUGAAGAUUGCCGCCAAGGAUCUGGAGAAGGCCAUUGCCGGCAUCAAUUUGUUAAUUGCCCACAAACCCGAUGAGGUGGAAAUCUGCAAGGAGGAAGUGGCCCGCGAGCUUAAGAGUGCCUUGAGUCACAUCAAACUGGCCCCAUCCGGUGUCUAUGUACAGGCCUCCACUUUGGGCUCUCUGGAGGCUUUGCUUGAGUUCCUGCGCACAUCAAAAAUUCCGUACUCUGCCAUACGCAUUGGGCCCGUGGUCAAACGUGAUGUGAUGAAGGCCUCUACGAUGUUGGAGCACGAAGCACAAUAUGCAACAAUUUUGGCAUUCGAUGUGAAAAUCGAACGCGAAGCCCAGGAAAUGGCCGAAUCGCUGGGCGUGAAAAUAUUCCAAGCGGACAUUAUCUAUCAUCUGUUCGAUAAAUUCACCGCCUACCGUGAUGAACUGAAGCAAAAGAAACGCGAGGAGUUCCGUUCCAUAGCCGUCUUCCCAUGCAAGCUACGGAUACUGCCACAAUUCAUAUUCAACAGCCGGGAUCCCAUUGUGAUGGGCGUUAUGGUGGAGAAUGGCAUUGUCAAAGUGGGAACACCGAUUUGUGUGCCCAGCAAGGAGUUCGUGGACAUUGGCAUCGUGACUUCCAUUGAAUCGAAUCACAAGAACAUUGAUUCCGCACGAAAGGGCCAAGAGAUCUGCAUCAAGAUCGAGCCCAUACCCGGCGAAUCGCCCAAGAUGUUUGGCCGACACUUUGAGGCCGAGGACAUGCUCGUGAGCAAGAUCUCCCGCCAGAGCAUCGAUGCCUGCAAGGAUUACUUCCGCGACGACCUGAUCAAGGCCGAUUGGGCCUUGAUGGUGGAACUGAAAAAGCUCUUUGAGAUUUUAUAAAUAUGUUAAUGAAAUAUUUGCCAAAAUUACUAGCAACAAAACAUAACGUACAACACGAGAAGAUUGCGAUAUACUAUUACUAUUCAAAAAAAAACAACAACAACAAAUCUACAGACUGUUCGCUUGCGGUGUUUCCUGCAGAGGAUUUUUUUUAAGCUUAGUUUUUCCUCCUCAUUUUUUUUUAUAUAAUUUACAGAAGUAGUCCCUCCUCCCACACCGUCGUCGUCGUCGUGGUCGUCGCUUAAAAAUUGUGUUAAUGGUUUUAAAUCAAAUUUUUGUGAAACGCUUUUUACAACAGAAAAAUACAUAUUUUGCCAGCGAUUUUUUUUGUUAAUGCCUCCUAGAAAUAAAAGCAUAUAAAAAAA